AUGUUGAACAAGAACAUUCUGCUGUUGGCUCUUCAGAUAAGUCUCUUAGGAACCACUCUUGGUGGGAAUGUUUUGAUUUGGCCAAUAGAAGGUAGUCAUUGGCUAAAUGUUAAGACAAUUAUAGAUGAGCUAAUUAAAAAAGAGCAUAAUGUGACUGUCGUAGUUGCUUCUGGUGCACUUUUCAUCACACCGACUUCUAACUCAUCUCUGAUAUUUGAAAUAUCUAAAGUGCCCUUUGGCAAAGAAAGAAUAGAAGGAUUGAUCAAGGACUUUGUUUUGACAUGGAUGGAAAAUAGACCAUCUCCUUUAACCAUUUGGAGAUUCUAUCAGGAGAUGGCCAAAGUCAUCAAGGACUUCCAUAUGGUGGCUAGAGAAGUCUGUGAUGGUGUUCUCAAAAACCAAAAUCUAAUGGAAAAGCUGAAGAAAAGCAAAUUUGAGGUCUUGGUGUCAGAUCCAGUAUUUCCUUGUGGUGAUAUAAUAGCUUUAAAACUGGGAAUUCCAUUUAUAUACUCUUUGAGGUUUUCUCCAGCCUCAACAGUGGAAAAACACUGCGGGAAGGUACCAUACCCUCCUUCCUAUGUUCCUGCUAUUUUAUCAGAACUUACUGACCAGAUGUCUUUCACCGACAGAAUAAGAAAUUUCAUUUCCUACCAUCUACAGGACUACAUGUUUAAUAUGCUUUGGAAAUCAUGGGAUUCCUACUAUAGUAAACCAACGGAUGGUAGCCACCGGUUAAACAUUAAGAUCAUUUUGGAAGAGUUGAAUCAAAGAAAUCACAAUGUGACUGUACAGGCUUCAUCAGCGACUCUAUUCGUCAACUCCAGUGAUGAUUCUCUUGUGAAUUUUGAGGUGAUAUCUGUUUCCUACAAGAAAAGCAACAUCGGCUCCUUAAUUGAACAUCUGAUAAUGCUGUGGAUAGAUCACAGACUGACUCCUCUCAUGCUCUGGACUUUUUACAAAGAACUAGGAAAACUCCUACAUACUUUUUUUCAGAUUAAUAUACAAAUCUGUGAUUGAGUAUUAAAGAACCCCAAGUUAAUGGCAAGACUUCAGAAAGGAGGCUUUGAUGUGCUGCUAGCCGACCCAGUAACAAUCUGUGGAGACCUGGUUGCUCUGAAAUCAGGAAUUCCAUUUAUGUACAUGUUGAAGUUCUCUCCAGCCUCAGCAGUAGAGAGACACUGUGGAAAAAUCCCAGCACCUGCCUCCUAUGUACCUGCAGCACUUUCAGAGCUCACUGACCAGAUGUCCUUUGGCGAAAGGGUUAAAAAUACCAUAUCUUAUCCACUGCAAGAUUAUAUAUUUCAGUCCUACUGGGGACAAUGGAAUUCAUACUAUAGCAAAAUCCUAGGAUCCUGCACUUGUGUAAGAGAAAGAAUUUUAUCUCUGCAGGAAAUGGAAGAAUUUGUCCAAAGUUCAGGCGAAGAUGGUAUUGUGGUGUUUUCUCUGGGGUCAAUGGUCAAAAUCCUCACAGAAGAAAAAGCCAAUCUCAUUGCCUCAGCCCUUGCCCAGAUUCCACAGAAGGUUUUAUGGAGAUACAAAGGAGAGAAACCGGCCACAUUAGGAGCCAAUACUCGGCUCUAUGAUUGGAUACCACAGAAUGGUCUUCUUGGUCAUCCCAAAGCAAAAGGUUUUAUCACUCAUGGUGGAACCAAUGGGAUCUAUGAAGCUAUCUAUCAUGGGGUGCCUAUGGUGGGAGUUCCAAUGUUUGCUGAUCAGCCUGACAACAUUGCUCACAUGAAGGCCAAAGGAGCAGCUGUGGAGGUGAACAUAAACACAAUGACAAGUGCAGAUUUACUCAAUGCCUUGAGAACAGUCAUUAAUGAACCUUUUUAUAAAGAGAAUGCUAUGAGGUUAUCACGGCUUCACCAUGAUCAGCCUGUAAAGCCCCUGGACCGAGCAGUCUUCUGGAUCGAGUUUGUCAUGCACCACAAAGGAGCCAAGCACCUGUGGCCAGCUGCCCACGACCUCACCUGGUUCCAGUACCACUCUUUGGAUGUGAUUGGGUUCUUGCUGGCCUGUGUGGCAACUGCUGUAUUCUUGGUCACAAAAUGUUGUUUGUUUUCUUGUCUAAAAUUUGUUAAAACAGGAAAGAAGAAAAAGAGAGAAUAGAUCUUUCUAAGUUUGGUAAAGACUUGUAUGGGCAAUUCUGUUCAUUCUAGCCACAAUGGCCUUAAUGAAAACAUAACAUCUUCAUUCUGUUUUCAAAAUUCCCAUUCCUCUCUGCCUUAAGCUAGAGAUAAAGUCUAGAAUUCAACAAUAGCAUUAACUGGUGGGCAUGUCCCCUUCUUCUUUUGUCUUUUCCCAGGUGGCUUUACCCUCUUCCUCAAACAUUCCUGACAAAGGUUCACUAAUAAUUUUACGUUUAUUCUAUUAAUAAUAUCAAUUUUUCCUUUACUUUUAACCUUAAGUGAUAUGCUGACUGACAAUAUGCUGAAUCCUGGGGAACACACAAAAUGUAAGCCAAAGUUGAUAGAUGCAGGGACCACAGAGAAAAAAAAUUCACAUGUUCCUCUAGAACAUACAAAUUAGGAAACCAUCACAGGAGACUAGUAUAUCAUAAGAGUAAUGAUUUCAUUUGUCAUAAAAAUAAGUCUUUCUGUUUGCCCAGUGUUACUGGGGUCAGAGCACGAAUUGAUAAUAAUUGUGAUGGCACAUCACACCAGGGAAGGUCUACAAAUUUCCAUUAAACACAUAUAUAAUCAUACCCACAUUUCUGCCUUUAGUCAGCAAGUAUUCUUGUGUGCCCUUUAGUGCAAGAGACUGAGCACUGCCUUCAAACAAGAGAUCGAUUGA